AUGACAGACAUACUAGAGCGAUUGGUACCCCAACAAGGUCAGGGAACUGGACAACUGAACCAACUUGGAAACCAAGAAAUAGGGGAGGAUAGGGCUUUAGAGAGAUUUCAAAAGUUUUCCCCUCCUAAAUUUUCUGGGGGUCCUGACCCCGAUAUAGCUGAAAAUUGGUUGGAGAAUAUAAGGAAUAUAUUUGAUGCACUAGAUUAUUCCGAGGAGAGAGAAGUAAACUUUGCUGUGUUCCAACUUGAAGGACCGGCUCGAGCAUGGUUUGCCCCAGAAUUGGUAAUUACAGAGCGAAAGAGAAUAAGGCGGUUUAUUCAGGGCCUCAAUCUAGAAAUUCAAGAUGGCCUCGCAGCGGCUCAAAUCGAAACGUUUAGUGAUGCCCUUGAGAAAGCCCAAAGGGUUCAGAUUUCAAAAGCCAAAUUGAGAGUUUUUCAAGAACGAAAAAGAGAUGCACCUAGUAGUAGUCACCCUGAGGCAUCUAGAAACACUGUACCACCACCCAAAGUUGGAAAAGGAGCUGGUGGGGUGAGACUACCACUUCCAUCUUCUUCUCAGAUGCAGCAAUUAGAAGGAACUCCGUCACAAGGAACUCAGAUUAAAAGGGGUCAAUCAAGGACGACGCCACAGGGAAGUCAAGCCAUGAAUUUUCAACCGAUCUGUGGAUACUGUGGAAAAGGAAAUCACACUGAAAAUAACUGCUGGGUGAAGGAGAGAAAGUGUUUGCGUUGUGGGAGUGCAGACCAUCAGGUUAGCAACUGCCCAAGAAAGCAACCACGAGAGAAUAAUCAUCGACAAGGAUAUGGAACUACUUCUGAACGAACUACUAAAGGAGGGAACCGACCACAAGUGCCAACUGGAACAUAUGCCUCUAUUGGUCGACAGACUCUGGGGUCGACCGAGGUAGUUGAAG